AUGGUCUACCCUUCAACUCCCGUCCAAAUUUCGAUGUCUGAAGAUCCUACACAAGCUGGAGACGAAAGGAUUGAGAAAAAAAGCCCAUUGGAAACUGACCUUAAGCCCCCUAACGCCCAUCACAUUGUGACAGACGAAACGGCUGGAAUUGCGUUAAGCCCGGCAACUCGUGUCCAAAGUGAUGCAAUCGUACGAGCUUGGAACUUUGAUUUAUCUCUAAGUUUAAACGAUAUUGCACUGGACGGAGACCUAAUCGAGAGGGCCCUUGCUGCGUUGGCUCCUCGUAGUCUGACCCCAAAACCAAGCCAUAACCUCUCCUUACCACCCAUGAAGGUUUCGUCCGUUUGUUACGAAACCCUUCCUCUGCCUCCACUCCCACCAAAGCGAUCAGAACGACGACGAUACGCUAUGAUUAUUGAUAAGCCUGAGGAUGACCUACCCGACCUACCCAAGCACAAUAAAGGUAUCGGUUCUGUGCGGAAACCUGGUAUUCCUCGCGGGGCUGGAUGAAUCCGGUCCAGCUGAGCAUUCACACCUACUUGUACUUUAGUCACAUUAUACCUG